AUGCUCCUUGACACCAGCAACACUCCCGUCGUUUUCGUGACCGUCGAGCCCGAGGCCAUGAGCUUCCCGCCCUUUCGCUCCACAAGCCGCCUCUGCGAGGAGAACCCGCACAACUUCACGGGCCUCGACCUCGAGACCGUCGUCCAGGGCACCACGACGGAGGAGCAGACCGUGCACACCGCGCUCGACGGCGCCUACCUCGACGGCUCCUACUACGAGCUCCAGCGCGGCACCGAGCGCGCGGCCCGCCUCGACUGGGGCGCGCCGGCCGAGGACGUCCAGGACGCGCUCAACACGCUCACGCUCACGGACGCGCGCGUCGACAUCAUACCCGUCGGCGUCAACCCGUCGUUCCAGCCCGACUACAUCAUCCGCUCGUCCGCGCAAGCCAGCCGGGACCGAUUCGUCGACCCCGGCACCUUGCUGCGAGGGCUCGGCGCCGCGGGCGCCGGCAACGUCGCGACGCUUGCCGUCGUCGACAUCGGCAACCGAGGGGCUGCCCACCAUGCCCUGCUGGGCUCCUACGACGGCUACACGUACCCGCCGGGCGCGGGCAACCUCGACUCCAUCACCUACGACACCUCGAGCCUCCAGGGCACGACGCCCGCGGUGGUCAACGAGGUCCUGCGCACGGGCUCGACGCCCUUCAGCGGCACGUUCUCCGUCGCCUUCAACGGCGCCAAGACGGAGGAGAUGGAGUGGCAGGAGGCCGCGGACGAGGUCGAGUACGUCAUCGAGAAGCUCGACACCAUCGGCGAGAUCCGCGUCGACCGCACGGACAUGGGGCUCCAGCGCAUCCCGGGCUCGCCGGGCAAGAACGACAAGUCCUUCUACUUCGUCGAAAACGUCCACACGGACGACCCCGUCUUCGUCGACGACGCGGCCUUCGUCGUGUCGCCGGACCUCUUCUCCUCGUCCCUGGGCGACGUCGUGCCGAUCGUCGAGCGCGACGGCGCGGCGAGCGUCGUCGACGACGGCGAGGACUACCGGACGUACCUCGUGGGCCUCGGCCGCGCGUUCGAGGCCUACGCGGUCCUCGCGGACGCGAUGCGCGUGCCCGAGCGCGCGCUCACGUACGUCGCCUGCGAGGACCUGCGGCGGCGGCGCCUCGACGACGGCGCCGCGACGACGUUCCUCUACUACCAGGUCACGCUCGACGCGUCCUACAACGGCGACGACGCCGCCGUGCGGUCCGCGCUCGUCGACGGCGACGAGGCCGCGCUCUCCGCGGCGCUCGAGGGCGACAUCCUCGUCCUCUCCGAGGACGACCACUUCGAGGUCGCCGUCGAGGCGACGGCCGCCGACCUCGACGCGUCCGGGGACAUCGGCGCGGACACCUACGCGUUCGUCCGGAACCACAGCUGGUACGUGACGUGCUCCGUCAUCGCGGACGACGUCGAGAUCGGCGCGGGCGCCGCGCCGAAGGAGGCGGAGGCGCCCGUGAGCGCGCUCUUCGAGAAGCUGCCGCCGACGCCGACGCCCGAGCGCGAGACGUUCCUCGUCGACGUGCCGUCGCCGACGAUCUACGUCAACAAGAGCAACUGCUCCGCGCGGCCCUUCGGCGACAACCACGACGAGUACGUCGUCGCCGAGAUCAUCUUCGCGGCGACGGCCGAGCAGGCGCCGCUCGCGCCGUACCGCUGCAACGUCGCCUGCUCGAUCCUCGACGGCAACCAGCCCGGCGGCUCCACCAAGCUCGAGUACGAGUAG